AUGAUAGGUUAUAUAAAACAUUUAAAUUUUGCAGAAGGGUUAAUUACAUACUCAAGUGGUGUAUUGGCCGAUUACAAUUUGGCAAUUGAUGGUAUCCAGGUCAGGGAACCACAACGGCAAAUCUGGAUAGACCACCAGCGAAACCUCGAUUUGGCUUCUAGGCUGUUAGCUGAAGGGCGUUACACAGUAUCUGAAUUUUUGGCAUGUACUAAACAUGUUACCCCAAAUUUUGGAGUAGUCAGACCCAUGCAUAUUGCCCAACCACUUCCACUUCCUGAAAUACAACCGGUCGUUGAGAAUCGGCAACCAGUUAAUGCCAGGGAAUUUAUUUUAGAAAGAUGGCCUAUUGUUGAUGGAGAAAUAAAUAGUAAAAUUUAA